AUGUCAGCGUCAGGUCCAGCACCAGGCCAGUCCGAAGUCGCCUGGAAGCAGCAAAUCACUGCUAAACUCUCCAAGGACGAACGUCCCCAAACCGAGGAUGUCCUCAAUACAAAGGGCAACGAGUUCGAAGACUACUUUCUCAAACGCGAACUCCUCAUGGGCAUCUUUGAAGCCGGCUUUGAACGCCCCUCUCCCAUUCAAGAAGAGGCCAUCCCCAUCGCACUCACUGGCCGCGACAUUCUCGCGCGUGCCAAGAACGGUACCGGAAAGACCGCCGCCUACGUCAUCCCCUCGCUCGAAAAGCUCAACACCAAGAAGAACAAGAUCCAGGCUGUCCUCCUCGUCCCCACGCGUGAAUUGGCACUUCAGACAAGUCAGGUCGCAAAGACACUCGGAAAGCAUCUCGGCGUCGAAGUCAUGGUCACUACCGGUGGAACUACCCUGCGCGACGACAUCCUCCGCCUCGGUCAGACUGUCCACAUGCUCGUUGGCACCCCCGGUCGUAUUCUCGACUUGGCCGGUAAGGGCGUUGCCGACCUCAGCCAAUGUACUACUUUCGUCAUGGACGAAGCCGACAAGCUCUUGUCGCCCGAAUUCACUCCCGUCAUGGAACAGCUCCUCAGCUUCCUCCCCAAGGAGAGGCAAGUCAUGCUCUUCUCGGCCACCUUCCCGCUCAUCGUCAAGGACUUUAAGGAUCGCAACAUGGUCAAGCCCUACGAGAUCAACCUCAUGGAUGAGCUCACGUUACGCGGUGUCACGCAGUACUACGCAUUCGUCGAGGAGCGCCAAAAAGUGCAUUGUCUCAACACGCUCUUCUCCAAGCUCCAGAUCAACCAGUCCAUCAUCUUUUGUAACUCCACCAACCGUGUCGAGUUGCUCGCCAAGAAGAUCACCGAGCUCGGUUACAGCUGCUUCUACUCUCACGCAAAGAUGCUCCAGGCGCAUCGAAACAGGGUUUUCCACGACUUCCGCAACGGUGCCUGCCGUAACUUGGUCUGCUCGGAUCUGCUGACGCGAGGUAUCGAUAUCCAGGCCGUCAACGUCGUCAUCAACUUUGACUUCCCCAAGAACGCCGAGACAUACCUCCACCGAAUCGGUCGUUCGGGUCGAUUUGGUCACCUUGGUCUCGCUAUCAACCUCAUCACGUACGAGGACCGCUUCAAUCUUUACCGCAUCGAGCAGGAGCUUGGAACCGAGAUCCAGCCCAUCCCAAGUAACAUUGACAAGAGGUUGUACGUCGCGCCUUCGCUCAUCCAGGAGGCUGAGGGCAAGAGCCAGAACGGCAACAGGCAGGAGGGCAGGCCCGUGAUUCCACCAGGCCAGCAGGCUAUGCACGCCGCUGCCAUCCCGCAGAACCAGAACUUUAGCAAUACCGUGCCUCACAGGCAUCGUGGCGGCGGAGGCGGAGGACAGCGCGGUGGAGGAGGUCGAGGUGGGCCGCAGGGUCACGGCGGUGUGCCUGCGCAGUAG